UUUUUUAUCGGUGGGUUUAAAAUUAGGGUCAUAUCAACACCUCCUCGAUCGAUCAUCAGGUGCCAUCUCCUUCGUCAAACCAUCUUCCUCCGACAACGAUCUUCCAUUGCUGCGAUUCCUCCGACAACCUGCUUCCGGGCGCUGCUCCCUCCGACAACCAUCUUCCAUCGAUCCCUCACUAUCUCCCCUUCCAUCGCAUCUGCACAAACUACAAGAACACCCCAUUUCUUUCUCUAUCCUAUAUAAAGGGGUUUCCAGGAGAAAAUAGAAGCAAACCCACAUUUCAGGAUAACCAUAACCGAUCAUGGACCCACCUGCAACAGUAUCAGUAGAAUCCAAACCCGAAUCCAAACCCGAUGAAUCAAAACCCAAUAAUCCCAAAUCCUACGAUUGUGGACUAUGCGACACAGAAGUCGUCUACAAAAUCGCUCAAGAACUUCUCCCCGGAUUAGCCUCCGCCUGCGUCGACAACACAACCGGCGGCCUUUUCAAGAACGCAGGAACAGUCGCCGUCGACAUGAGAAAAGAAAUGUCCGAUUACCUCACACAACGAAGCGAAACUUACGUAGCCGAAUUCCUACUUUCCGAAAAUACCCCUGUACUAGAAACAUCCGAACACCCAUACGACAUAAUCAUAACCCUAAUCGACGAUUUCGCCGCUUCAAAACGAAACAUGUUUAGUCGUGUCUCCGAGUGGGUUUCCAGCGAUGGAAGAGAAGACAGAAUCGAUGACUUUGUUCAAGAAAUGGAGAUUAAUGGCUUCUGGUUACUCGCUCGAAGAGAAUGCAUUGCUUCAAUUCUCCUUAAAAAUGUCGACUACAAGAAUUCGUUUCAUUGUAAUGUGGCUUGUGGGUCUGAAGAAGAAAUUUGUAAACAUCGAUUGGAGUGUAAGUUUCGAGGUAUGGAUUGUGUGAAUGAAGGGUGUACGACAAGAUACUGUGCUGCUCAAAAGGAAAAUCAUGAGGCGAUUUGUCCAUUUAUGAUACUUGCUUGUGAACAAAAAUGUCCGGAUUUUGUUAUGAGGAGAGAAAUGGAUAGACAUUGUGUGACGAUUUGUCCUAUGAAGCUUGUGAAUUGUGCGUUUUAUACUGUUGGGUGUAAGUCUUGUAUACCAAAAUGCGAUGUGCAAAAACAUAAUACGGAUGAUCUUUCUGGACAUUUGUUGCUUAUUAUCCGAACUGCUCAUAAGGAAGCAAAUGAAAAUGAUCUUAAACAUCGGGUAGAACAAAUCCGAAGUCUGACAAAUACUGAAAAGUUGGCAAGAGCACGUGACGCGAGGGCUUUAACAUUUUUGAUCAAGGAUGCUGAAGCAAAGCUUGGACCAUUGGAAUCGAAAGCCAACUCAUCACCUGACUUACCUAAACAUGAUGACAUCAAUAAAAUCGAUCCACCCAAGGAAACCGAGCCAUUGAUUGUGAAAGAUGACUCAGCAAAAACCGAGCCAUUGAUCGUGAAAGAUGACUCGGCAAAAACCGAGCCAUUGAUCGUGAAAGAUGACUCGGCAAAAACCGAGCCAUCGAUUGUGAAAGAUGACUCGGUAAAAACCGAGCCGCCGGUGGUCAAAGAUGAGUCAAAGGAAGACCGCCCGGUACCACCGCCGGAAAACCCUGCCGUGAAAGAAGUGCACCAAGAACCACCGCCAAAGCCUGUGGAAUCACCGGAGGAAAGGAAAGAUAAACAAGACUCGAAUUCGAAUUCUCCACCAAUUGAAAAUGGUGAAUCGAAAGUGCCCAUAAGAGAAGAAGAGACUAAAGAGUUAUUAGGAAAACCAUCGGAUACUAAGGAAGAAGAGAAAGCAAGGUCACCAAAAGGAGAAGAAGUCAAAGAAUCCAUGAAAACAUCCAUAGAAGAUGAAAAAAGCAAAAAUGGUGAUGAAGAAGAUAAGAAGAAAUCACCUGAAAAGGGAACAAUCGAAGAGUCCACGAAAUAGGCCAGCUGAGUUACCGAGUUUUCGGUUUUGAAUACAAAUUUUUUCGUUUUAUCAAGAGUCGAUCACUUUUGGGAUUUCUUCUGUUAAUUUCUAACGGCAUAUUGCCC